UUUUGACUCCACGGGGACCUGAUUCAUUGAAGCCAUGCAGGCACCCAUGUUGGGGGCGCUGCUUGUGACGCUGCUGGCGCCCAGCAGCUCAUUGCUCACCUUUGAUAUGGAGGAAGCAAGGGCGCGACCUGUGACAAAGGUGCUGACCUUGUUGCAGGGCAUGAAGGAGCAGUUGGAGAGCGAGGCCAAUGAGGAAGAGGAAUUGAUGGAGAAGUACAAGUGCUGGUGCAAGGAGAAUGGAGAUGAGAAAGCCACUUCUGUGGAAGCAGCCGAAGCCAAGAUCAAGGAGAUGGAGGCCAAAGUCUCGCAGCUGAGUGCCGACAGCGCACGUCUGGCGGUGGAGUAUAAAAACCUCGGCAAGGACGUGGAGAAGAACGAGGCGUCCAUGGAUGAAGUCAUCGCUCUCCGGAAAAAGCAGCUGGCAAAGUUCCGAGAAGACGAGAGCGAUCUUCUGAAGAACCUGCAAAGCGUGAAGUCUGCCAACGAUGUGAUUGAAGGGGGGACUUCCUUCGUGCAGCUCUCGCAACAGACGGCCAUCUCCCAGACUCUGCAAAAGAUCUUGGCCAGGCAUGCUGGUGAUUUGAGCUCUGAGAAUGGUCGACAAGUUGCGAUGUUGCUGCAAGAUCCAAGCACAGGAAAUGUGGAAGGUGUUCUGCAAGGUUUGAAAGAAGACUUCCAGCGGAGCUUGCAUGAGCUGCAGACCGAUGAGAACAUCAACAAAGCGGAAUACGAAAAGUUGCUCGCCGCCAAGCGAGAGGAGAUUGAUGCCGCGAAGGUCCAGAUUGAAGCGAAGAAAGAACAAAAAACCGCUGCAGAUGCGGAACGCAUGCAGCUGAAGCAGAACAUCAAAGAUUCUCGCGCUUCCAUGGGUGAAGACAUUGCGUUUGCCAAGGAAGUGAAAGAGAAGUGCGGUGUCAAGGCCAAGGAGUGGGAGAAGCGUCAGAAGACCCGCGCCGAUGAGACCGAGUCGGUGACCAAGGCCAUUCAGGUGCUCAGCGACGACAGCGCGCAUGAGGUCUUUGGAAAGACAUUCUCCUUCCUUCAGAUGUCCAGCAGUUCCACAGCACGCCGCGAGAAAGCGGCACAUGUGCUGUCCAAGGCAGGUGUCAAGGACGCGCGCUUGAUGACCCUGGCCAUGGAAGCGAAGCUGGAUGGCUUCACCAUCGUCAAGGAGAAGAUUGACGCCAUGGUGGGAGCCCUCAAGGAGGAACAAGCUGCCGAGGUGAAACAGAAAGACUACUGCAUCGCAGAGUUUCAGAAGAACAAGUUGGCCACAACCAAGAAGCAGCGCCUGGCGACCUUUUUGGGCGCGAAGAAUGAGGAGGUGAAGAUGAAGAUGCAGACGGCCUCAGACGACCUGGCUGAGUUGGAGACCGAUAUCCAGGAGCUGCAGAAGCAACAGGCUUUGGCAUCUCAGAACCGCGAGAAGGAGAACACGGAGUUUCAGAAGGUGGUGGCUGAGCAGAGAGCGACGCAAGAGUUGUUGAAGAAGGCUCUGAGUGUCCUGGGAGACUUCUACAACAAGCAGCAGGAGUCUUUCGUACAACAGGAUGCCUCGCCCAAGGAGCCCAAGACUUUCGGGAGCUACCAGAAGAGCUCCAGCAGCAACGGUGUGAUGCUCAUGCUGCAGAAACUCAUCGCAGAUGCCAAGGCCAUGGAAACGGAGGCCACGGCUGCUGAGGCCGAAUCUCAAGGAGACUACGAGGCCUUUGGCAAGGACACCACCAAGACCCUGGAGAAAAAGGCCAAGAGCAUUGCUGACAAGGAGGAGACCAAGGCUAAGGCUGCUGAGCAGUUGCUGGAGACGAAGAAGAGUCAGAAGGGUGCAAAGGAGGACCUCCAGGACCUGGAAAGCACGGCGAUGGCCUUGCACGAAACUUGCGACUGGACCCUGCAGAACUUCGAUGCCCGGCAAAAGGCGCGCUCCGAAGAGGUGGACGCCCUCAACGAGGCCAAGUCCUACCUCUCUGGAGCAAAGCUUUGAGGAAGCGACUCAAGCUGAAGACGCACGUGUUGUUUCGCGUUCCGCGACAAAAAGGGCGUGACAGCUCGCAGCUGCAUGCUUCAAUCGGAUGACCUGGAGCUGAAG